UCGGAUUGAAACGGUAACGGACGAGACCCUUCAACCACCGGCGGUCACUCUCCAUUAACAGAUUUCCAGUGAAGUGGACGCGAAGAAAUUUACCCAUAAUUAAUAUCUCAUUAAUAACCCCCCCUCUCCCUCUCUCUCUCUGGAUCCUUUGCAGCUAGAUGACCGCCCACCCCAGCCCCCAUUACUAACGACCAGCCUCCAUCUGGUUUCGAUCGAUAUAUUCCUCUGUAUCCCUUGCUUUAUAUUAAUAGAAUCUUUUGUCGCUUUUCCUUACUCCAUUGGCGGUAAUUAAUUGGCAUCAUCUAUCGCUGUUGUGUGGCCGUCCGGUGACUCGGUGAGGGACUUAAAGAGUAUACAUAUAUAGGGGAAGGCAGGUGGCCGGCGUCGAAUAUCAUGGAGAGAUCAGAAGAGGGAGUGGUGGUGAUCGGACGGGCAGAGAUUGACACGCGCGCCCCCUUUCGCUCCGUCAAAGAAGCCGUUUUGCUUUUCGGAGAGAGAGUUCUGGUUGGGGAAGUCUAUGCCCAAAAGCUCAAAGAGAUGCGAACUACAAGUGAAAGUGGAAAUGUUCAAUCCAAAAUUCAAACAGUAACGACCGAGUUGGAAGAGACAAAGCAAAGCCUGCAAAAGGCUAGAGAAGAAGGCAUCCUAAUGGCAAAUUGUCUCAAAUCUCUCAAAGAUGAGCUUCAACAAACAAAGACCGAACUGCGACAAUUGAAAGCCAUUAGAGAACUUGAAAAGGAAACAGCAAUAAUGGAUCCUGAAAUUGAAGAACUCAAGUUCAUUGAAAAUGCACCAAGCAAGGCGCAAACUAAAGUAGAAGUCGAGGAGUCAGAUAUUCAAAAGAAGAGAUACGUCACUUUUGCUAGUCCCCCUUCCCUAGCCCAGGUCAUUAUAAACCAUGAUCACGAAAGUGAAGCUCCUAUGCAAAAGAAGGAUAAGAAGAAGCCUAUAGUUCCUAUAAUUGGAAGGAUGUUCUCCAAGAAGCACGGAAGCAACAAACGACAGUCGCCAAGAGUAGGAGGCCCUUAAUUAGGGUGGUUUGGGGGGGGGGGGGGAGUAAGGACAUAUUUAGUGUGAAAAAUAUAUUUUUAAAAUUUUUCAAAGAAUUAUAAAAAAAUUCAUGUUUCUUUUUAAUUUUUCAACUUUUGCAUAAGAAACUUGGAAAGCAUCUCGCUAUUAUUUUCCAAGUAAAUGUAAAUGUUGAAAAACUAUAAAACAAAGAAGCAUUUUUGUAAUCCUUUGAAAAAAAAACUGAAAAAUAAAAUAUGUUUUUCACAACUACAUAUGUCUUAAACAAUUCCUUCGUAAAUGGACUUACGUAUGCAAAUUCUAUAACGCAGCUAGAGUUUUUCAAGGAUGCUCAUCACAUGCUUAAACAUGAGAAAUGUUUUUGUGAAGAAACGCAGAAGCACUUUACAGUAGCUUAUGAAGAACAUCCUUGAAGAAGACUAUUUCUUACAAUCCUUUAUUAUGAACCUCUUAUGAAGAUACCAAUAAUUGAAAGUGCAUGUGAUUGAUAUCCCCCA